AUGCCGGCUGGCCCGUCUGACAUCUCUAAGGGUACGGAAGCUCUCCUCGUGAACUUUGUGGCCGAUGAAGAAGCGAUCUCUGAUACAUUGGAAUACAUGAAGGCACUGAAGUCCGAUAUUCUUGAUCGUAUUGCCUAUGAGAAGAAGAUGAUACAGAAAGACAAGAGGAGGAGAUGA